CCAUUGGAAGUCUAGUAGAUUUCUUUUCUUUUUUUUUCUUUGAAAGAGAAAGAACAAGGAAGCUCUUUCUUCUUCUUCUUUUGUUUUUUUCUUUUUCUUUCUGGGAACAGUUUGAGAGAGAUCUAACUCUGUUCGAAGUAUUUGUGUUCUUGAUGGCAGGGAACUGUAACUCACGAUCUUUAGUGGCAGUUUUGUCGCUAUUCGUGUUAUGUUCGUCGUUUGAUGUAAUACCUGUAGCAGAAGCUAUUUGGUUUACGAUUCCUAGUUCUGGAACCAAGUGCGUUUCUGAGGAGAUCCAGAAUAACGUUGUCGUUUUGGCUGAUUAUUAUAUUAUUAAUGAAGAUCAGCCUCAACACGCCCCUACUAUCUCUGUGAAGGUUACAUCUCCAUAUGGGAACAAUCUUCACCACAAUGAAAAUGUAACUCAUGGUCAGUUUGCAUUUACAACGUCAGAGGCUGGUAACUACUUGGCAUGUUUCUGGCUGGAUAACCAUCAGCAACAAGCUGGAACUACAACUAUGAGCCUAGACUGGAGAAUUGGAAUAGCAGCUAAGGAUUGGGAUUCAGUGGCAAGAAAAGAAAAGAUUGAGGGUGUUGAACUUGACCUAACACGGCUUGAAGGAGCUGUGCAAGCCAUUCACACUAAUCUAAUCUAUCUCAAAGAAAGGGAAGCAGAGAUGAGGGAAGUGAGUGAGAAAACUAAUGCCAGAGUCGCCUGGUUCAGUAUCAUGUCUCUCGGUGUGUGCAUUGCGGUUUCGGGUUUGCAGCUGUGGCACUUGAAGCGCUACUUCCAAAAGAAAAAGCUCAUCUAGAUGUAUAUUUCUCUAUUUAUUAUCGAUGGAAAAACUGUGUGUUUAACGGUUGUAUCAUAUCCAGUUUCAUCUUGGUGGUCAAGGAAGAGGGAAAAGGGAUAAAGAAACACUCAGAAUGCUGAUUUUGAUUCUAGAAAACAAUGCCUAUAGCUUUGAGAACUAUCUGAAUACACAAUGUUUUCCAUAAUAUAGAAGGAUCAGUCGGUGACCAUCUUCUACUC